AUGGCUAGUGGUAAUUAUUGGCGAGCGGUUUUGGUGGUAGUCCCAGCCGUGGGUGCGGGUGUAGCCACCAUAUUCUUUAUCCUACGUUUUUACAGUCGAGCAUUUUUGAUUAAACAUCUCGAUAUUGGAGAUUUGCUUAUGACUUUUGGACUGUUGUUCUGCUACGGAGUGACUAUAAGCACAAUACUUGCUGCAUUCAACGGAGUCGGUCAAGAUAUCUGGAGCCUAGAGCGGAAGACUCGUGGCCGUGCCUCACUGUUAUUUUGGCUCGCUCAACUAUUCUGGGCACUGUCUCAAGUUUGCAUCAAAUUAUCACUCAUUGUGCUUCUCCGACAACUACUAGGCGCUACAAAAAAGUGGCACAUUGCAACUAUGGGUAUCAUCAUAUUCACUGUUGCCUGGGGAACAGCUUUCGUUUUAGUCAACAUCUUCCAAUGCUGGCCACCUCAGCACUUUUGGCUCCGAGUCAGCGUCAAGGGUACAUGUUUGAGUGGACAGGAGGCUUUUUUUGUUUCGAUGAGUGCAAUAUCGCUCGCCGAGGAUGUUUUGCUUCUCCUCCUUCCCAUCAUUAUUGUCUGGCGAUUAAAGCUCGCCACACGACAGAAGAUUCUGCUAACUGGACUUUUCUCCAUCGGUGGUUUUUAUAUGCCACCCACACUGAUUGUAGAUGCAGCUAGUGGCUCCAAGCAAGCGCUGUGGACACUUCUUGAACUUGACGUCGCUAUCGUGUGUACUUCACUAAUGCUUAUGAGGCCUUUCUUCAAGCAAUGUAGACAGACCUUUUCUGAUUUUCAGUCCUGGAGACUUUUUCCGGGAGCAAGACGUGUUAUCGAAACUGUUAAAACUGUUACUCACACAGAUGAUAGUUGUUGA